AUGGAUUCAGAUUCUGACGAAACCUUAUCCGAUGAAAAUGAAAGUUCAAUUAGUUUUGAUGAACUUGAAAGUAGUGGUUCCGAAGAUAAUGUUUCAUUAAUCGAAGAACUCAACCAAAGUUCAAUGGAUGAUUGGGAAUGGAAAGUUGACAACUCAAGUUUUUCUACUUCUUUCAAUUAUUUUGAUGGACAUGCAUUAGGAAACAAUAUAAUUCGACCAAUAGAUUCAUUUUUCCCGUUUAUAUCCCAAGAUUUGAUCAAAUUAAUUACUAAUCAAACCAACAUUUAUGGCAAACAACGUUAUGUUCAAAAAGGUGAAGAUGCAACAAGUUGGAAAGAAGUUGAUGAAAAUCUAAUACAUGCAUUUCUCGGUAUUUUAUUUAUCAUGGGAUUUCACAAGCUGCCAAGAAUUCGAGAUUAUUGA